AUGCACAAGAGUGAGUGCGCCCUAUCCCCCCCCGGUUUGGUUCGCCCAGACGUGGAAGGCAUCACGCAGAAAACAGGGAGCGCGAAGAAGUUUCCGGUGUUCGUGAAGAUGUUGCUCGACGCCCUGGGUCACGACAGCAGCAGCAGCAGCGGCAGCGUUUUCGUCGACCUUCUCACCUACGCGGACCUGGGCAACUGCCACAACCGAUACCUGAUCCUGACGUACGCAGCGGAGUACGACCGCGUCCACUACCCCCUACCCCUGGCCUUCGUAGACUCGCCCCAGAGACAGCAGCUUGAGAGGACCAUCGAUAGGCUGAGGGAGGAGCUGUCGAGGCGUUCUUUGGAGACGGCGACGCCUGCGAGAAAUGGGAGCAAGAACGAUCGAGCGGCAGAGGCGCAAUUGAUGGCCGAAAACACGGAACUCCGACGACAAGUGGAAGCUCUCGCAGGCCAGCUCGAGGAGGCGUUGUCGUUGGCCAGGCGGGGCGGAGGAGGGGAGAGCGAGGAAGGACUUCUCGGCGGGGGGGGAUCGGGGGGGCCGAAGCUCAGAAAGCUGCGACGGGCGUACGAGGAGUUGCAGGCGAGGAGGAGGAGGCGGAAACUGCUGAGAAGCGUCGAAGACGGACAGUCUCAACUGGACGAUCUGAGGGACGCCCACGAAAGGCUGAGGCUGGAAUCUGCGUCGGAGAUCCGUAAACUAAGGAGAGAGGCGAGGGAAGGGGCGAAGACGGUGGAGAUGGCUGCGAGGACCGCCAGCCAGGCCGAGGAGCAGGUGGCUUCCUUGCAAGACGAGCUUGAAGCGUGCGAGCGGGCGCUUGCCCAGGCCCGGGACAAGCACCGCCGAGAGGUGGAGAGACUGGAAAAAGAGCUUGAGGAGGGGAGAGUAAGAGGCAGGGCCAUGCGCGCCAAGAUCCAAGAACUCUCCGCUCUUCGCGGUGGUGGCGCUACGACUGGCCCUAGGCCUUACAGCCAGCAGCAGCAACAGCAGCAGGCGAGGAGGCUAUCCUCCCCAUUCGGAGGAGGGAGGGGCACAACGGCUGGGACCAGACGCGGCGGCGGAACCACCCGUGGCGGUUACGCUUCGUCGUCGGCCAAUCGGUCGCGGAGUGCCGGUUCGAACCGCCGCCGCCGUCCGGCGGAAAGCUCCAGCACCACCAGGAGGUUUCAUGUCUGCGCGUGGUUUGCCUGA